CAGGAGUAUCAGCUGAAUUUUCUUCAGGUCAGCUGACUAUUCCCAUAUCACAGGUUUUAUCUUUUAUAUUUUUCCACUUGUGUUAAUUUUAUCUAUAAAUAUGUCCGCUAAACGAAUCGCUGGUUCUGCAAUUGAUUGGGCUAAGAUUGCUGAAAGAGUACCCGAAGCCCAAAAACCAAGCUUUUUACAAUUUAAAACCAGAUCCGAAAAUUAUUUGAGAAGGGUGAUGGUGAAUCCAGAAAAUCCCCCUAAGAUAGAUUGGACAUAUUACAAGGCCAAAGUUCCUGUACCAGGAAUGGUUGAUACCUUCCAGAAAAAGUAUGAGACUUUGCAAAUACCUUAUCCUCAAGAUAAUGUGACCCCUCUGAUUGAUGCCCAGGAAAAGGAAGUGAAAAAACAGAUAGCAGAGUUUAAAGAAGCUUCUGCUCAACGGAUAAAAGGAUAUCAAGCUGAAAUAAACCACAUUAAUUCUUUAAUUCCUUAUGAUCAGAUGACAAUGGAAGACUUCGCGCACGCCCAUCCUGACUUAGCUCUUGAUCCACUGAAUAAACCAACCUUCUGGCCUCACAAUCCUGAAGAACAAAUUGGUUAUAAGCCAGAUGAUGCUUCAAAACAAUCAUCCCAUUAGUUGUUUAUAGUAAUUUAUGCCCUUCAGGAAUCUUGAACUUGUAGUCAGCUCAACAUAAGUGAAGUGUAUUGUAAGUGAACAUGCAUUAAAUUUACAAUAAAGCUUCUGUUCUGU